CACCCGCAGUAAGCUAUAUCUGCCUUUUGCGCUACUGUAGAUCUAUAGUCCAGACCCUCAAUCUGGAGAUCGUGGCGUGUCUACGUUGAUCUGCGCCUCACGAUGACUUUUUCGUGAUGUCCUUCAGCCUCACUGAGGUGUGUUUCACAGCAUAAGUUCUGCACAUCGGCAGGCAGUCUAUCCUCGGUCUUGGUCUUACAAAGUCGCUACCAGCGAUCAAACGCGACAAGGGUGUCUCGAAAGAUAUUGUGCCAAUAUCAAGACGACGACCAAAAUUCAUAACCAAGAUCAAAGUCGAAAUCCAGUCAAACCAAAAAGGCUAAAAGGCCCAGAGUAAACAUCAAUCGGUCGCCAGCAUCAUCACAAUCGACAAAAUCAUGAGCCGAAGUCCGAUUUCCCCAACUUCUCCCACCUCACUCGCCUCACCAGUCACCUCCUACUCCUCCGCCCUGUCCAACUACACCAACCUGAUCAUCGUCUGCGGUCACGCAACCUACAUCGGCGACGGCACCGACACCUCCGAAGACCAAUGGAUCCUCGCGCCCUUCCAGCGCUCAAACCGGGAAUGGCGCAAACGCAGCGAACACGAGACCUUCCUCGCGCACAUCCACCUGGCCGCCCUCAGCGCCCAACACGACUCCCGCGCGAUGAUAAUUUUCUCAGGCGCCCGCACCACCUCUUCCGCGGGCUCGCGGUCCGAAGCAGAAGGCUACGCCAUGAUCCUGCUCCAUCUGGCCCGGAGCAGCCCGAACCUAUUCUCGCGCGAGAUGCAGUUCGCCCUGGAGACGCACGCGACGGAUUCCUACCAGAACCUGCUCUUCUCCAUCCUGCGCUUCCGCCAGCUCACGGGCGCCUACCCCCGGGACGUGACGGUCAUCACGCACGCGUUCAAGGAGCGCCGCUUCCUCGAACAGCACGCCCCCGCGAUCAAGUGGCCGGCCCACCGCAUCCGGGUCGCCGGCCUCAAUCCGCCCUUCUCGGCCGUCGAGCUCGAGGAGGUCAUGCAGGGGGAGAAAAGCCGCGCGUAUGAUCUCUUCGCGGAGGAUCCGUAUGGGAUGAGGGCGGUUCUGGCGGAGAAGCGGCGGGCGAGGAAUUGGGAUGCUGCGAGGGCAAAUGUCUUCUUGGGGUUUGGGCUCGGAAAAGAAGUUGCCGGUCUGUUGGAGUGGAUGGGGGGUGUUAGUGGGUGGGAGACGUUUCCGGGGAGAUUGCCGUGGCAGGAUUGAGUACGAUUUUUUCUGUAAUUUCUAUUGGAAGACGAAGGCAAAGGAAAAGGGAAGGAAAAAGUCCUGGUGAUGAUGCAUCAGAUAUGGACUAGAUAUCACAUGAGGAUAUAUAUGAUGAGUACAUAGCAACAACUUUUGUCAGACCGUAGUCGAGACUUCUCUCCACUGCGACUUUACUGCGCAAACUGAAAAGUCACCAAACUCAUCGCUGGCAGCGCA